AUGGUUCCAAUUGUACUGACAAUAAUAAUUCGUAUCUACGUCAUGUUCAUCGAAGGCAGGACAAGUUGCAACGAGACAUUCAACCCCAUUCAUGACUACGCGCUAUAG